UGAAGAGAAAAGUUUUAAGUCUAGAUUUAAAAUGAUCGACUGUGUCUGAUUCUCGGACAUCGGUUGGUAAAUCAUUCCAGAGCUUAGGGGCUAAGUAGGAAAAGGAUCUUCCACUUUUAGACACUUUUGAUAGUCUAGGGAUAAUCAAUAGGCCAGAAUUUUGCGACCGUAGUGUACGUGAUGGAUUGUAUUCUGAUAGUAAUUCUCUAAGAUAUGAGGGUGCUAAGCCAUUUAAAGCUUUGUAGGUGAUUAGUGAUAUUUUAAAUUGGAUGCGAUAGUUAACUGGUAGCCAGUGUAAAGAUGCCAGAAUUGGGCUUAUGUGGUCAUACUUCUUAGAUCGAGUAAGUACCCUUGCAGAAGCGUUUUGAACUAGCUGAAGCUUGUUGAUCUGAUUUGAAUGGCAUCCCCAGAGUAGCGAGUUACAGUAGUCUAUUCUAGAGGUCAUAAAAGCAUGAAUAAGCUUCUCUGCGUCAGAUGUAGACAGUAUAUGGCGUAUUUUUGAGAUAUUUCUAAGAUGGAAGAAUGCUGUGCGGCAGACGUUGGCGAUAUGACUAUCAAAGGAUAAGUUGCUGUCGAACAUCACACCUAAGUUCCUAACCGUGGAAGAUGGCACCACAGUACAGCCAUCUAUGUGCAAUUUGUAAUCUGACAUAUUAUGUUUGUAGCGAUUUGGUUCAAUAAUAAGUUCCUCUGUCUUAUUGGAGUUGAGCUUAAGAAAGUUAUGUGCCAUACAGUCACUAACAUCGCUAAUGCAGUCUUUUAGCUUAGAAAACGUGUGUGUUUCGCUGGGAUGCGAGGAGAUGUAAAGCUGGGUAUCAUCCGCAUAGCAGUGAAAACUUAUGUUAUGUUUCCUGAUAAUGUCUCCUAGGGGUAACAUGUAUAACGAGAACAGGAUAGGACCUAAAACUGAUCCCUGCGGUACACCGUAUUUAACCAGGGAGUGAUAUGACUCUUCCUCAUUUACAUAAACAAAGUGAUAGCGAUUGGUUAGAUAUGACCUAAACCAGGCUAGCGCCUGACCACUGAUACCAACAUAGUUUUCUAGUCUAUUGAGUAGGAUUCUGUGGUCUAUUGUGUCAAAUGCUGCACUAAGGUCUAGUUAUAUAAGAAUUGAGAUUUCACCACGAUCGGAUGUUAAUAGGAGGUCAUUUGUAACUCUAAGCAACGCUGUCUCUGUGCUAUGGUGGGGCCUGAAUCCUGAUUGGAACUUUUCAUAUGUACACUGUAAAAAAUCCAACUCGCAAAAAGUUUAAACAACUAUUUUUUAUUAGUUAACUGGACAAUAAAACAAAAAAAAGUUGACUUAACAAGUGGGAAUAAGUUGGUUCAAAAAUUGUUUAACCAACUUACAUUUAACCGUUGACUGGAUAUACACAUGCAAGUUUUAAAGCACACAAGUUGUUUUUGGUUGUUGGCGCAUGCGCACUGUAGCCUAUGUGGACGUUGGAGCUCAUGUGGAUUGUGGAAUAGCACCAAACUUCAUCGUUUAAAGUAAGUAUAUUUUUCUGUGUAUUUGAAACUGAAUUUAAGUAAUGUAAUGGCGCUGUGCAAUCUUAUUUUAAAGCAAGUUUUCAUGAAAUAACUAAUCAAGGAGAAAAUAUGUUGGAAUACCGGUUUUAUAUCUUGCAAAUCUUAAACUUCAUGUUUUCAAAUCCUCGCUAUAUCCAACACAGUUAUUGGAAAUAAUGUGCGAUUCGUCUCAUAGACUUAACUCAAAAUGUAAUUGUGUUGUUUUACAUCAUAAAAACGUCAUUGCAGCUCACGUGGAAUGAUAGCGCCUUGCACGAACACGACAAACGUAACGUUAAUCUUCUCAAAUUUCAUCGUUAGAAGUAAGUAUCUUUAUUCUGUGUGUUUUGAAACUGAAGUCCUAUUUAAUAAAUGUAACGUUAAUGUCACUGGGCUAACGUUAACGUAUUUUAAAGCAAGUUUGCAUGAAAGAGCUAAUCAAGGAGAAACUGUUGCAAUCCCGGUUUUAUAUCUUGCAAAUCUAACGUAAUGUUUUUAAAUCUUGGCUAUAUCCAACACAGUUAUUGGAAAUAAUGUGCAUACAUUUAACUUGAUGUUUAUUGCAUCACAGAAAACUCUGUUGGAGCUCAGGUGGAAUGGUGGCAUUUUUAUCGUCAGUAAAACGUGCAGCACGAGAUCGCGAAACUUCAUCGUUUAAACAAAAAAACUCUGUUGGAGCUCACGUGGAAUGACAGCGCCAUUUUGAUCGUCAGUAAAACGUGCAGCACGAGAUCGCGAAACUUCAUCGUUUAAACAAAAAAACCCUGUUGGAGCUCACGUGGAAUGGUGGCAUUUUGAUCUUCAGUAAAACGUGCAGCACGAGUUUGCGUCAAACUUCAUCGUUUAAAGUCCUUCGAGCUUGUUGAAAACAUUCAUCCAGAGAUAGUGAUUCUGGAUCCUGAGUCUUUGAAUGAUCUUGGUCCACUGCAAGCAUAUAAAGUAGCAGGAAAGCUCCUGGUAUCUCUGAAAGUCUUUCUUCUACAUUAAAAGAUAAUGUUGCUUCGGGUCUUCAUCUCACCCCAGAACAUUCGGAAGGUCCAACUUCCACAGCGGCCUGACUCGGUGGAUAAUUUAAAAGCAGAACUAAAAUCAAAGUUUGAGAUUCAAGAAGACUUUUUCAUACAAUACGAGGACCCUGACUUUGGAAACGAACUGUGCAAUUUAACAGACAUUUCUGAGCUGCCAGCUGAGAGGGCGGUUUUAAAAAUUGUGUUGGACAAAGAUUUGUCUUUGACUCAACAAUCUGAUACCCAAUCUGUUUCCUCUCUUGAUACUGCCAGUGUGUCAAGGUCGUCCUCCCAGAGUCCUUCAACCAUCGUUCAGAGCUAUAUGAGAAGUACAUCGCAGUGGCCGUCACCUUUUCCAAUUCCUACUUUCUCUUAUGAUGUUGAGUUUAGACUUCGCAAAGCAAAUGAGGUUUAUGAACAAACAAACAAGGCUUUAAGUGUACCAAGAGAAAUGAAGUCGCACAUCUUGGAGAAAGUUGCAGAGGCAAUUUUUGCUGUAAAAGCUUACCCACUCCCAGAGGAAAUUGAAACUGUCGCUUCUGCACUCGUGUUGAAGCAUCCCUGCCUUACAGAGCCAGGUAUGGGGAAAGGAUUUGAUGGGUGGAAAAUGAGCCUAAAAUACAAACUUGGCAAUUACAGGUCAAAACUGCGAUCAGCUGGUUGCCAUGAAGUUGGUAUCAACAAAAAAAGAGGGGGAGAUGGUGAAGACCACAGAAAGUCUCUUAAAAAGGCCAAACGAGGAGAGGUUAAUUACUUACCGGAUCAUCCUACAGGCCAGUCUGAUGAUACUCUGGAGGAGGAAAGACUCAUACUGGUAGAGGAACUAAAGAAGAGGAAUAAAAAUGAGACGCUCAUCAGUCAGAAAAUGAACCUGACAUUUUCACUUCGGCGACAAGAGGUUGUGGAAGUUGGGCCAAUGGUGUCUGAGAUGCUGGAACGAUGGCCUGCCCUGUUUCUUUCAAAUGAGAUUGGUUAUGAGUUCAAACGCAUUACCAAUGUGGAUCUCCUUGAUAAAUUCAGAUUAUCGUUACACCAGCAUACACCACAACUUCUGAAGUUGUACAGAGCAAGACAGGGGGCUUUUGGAAAAGAGAUGGAAGAUCUUCUUAACAGGCUUGAUCAACAGACCUCAAAUAUUGUGAAUCACCGAAAGCAAACAGUUCUGGAAGGUCUCCCAUUGUUUCUCCGUGAAGAUCCUUCUGAACUUUUAAAAAAAUGUCUGGACACAUCGCCAAUAGACAGACAGACCAGAGGGAUAAAAAUGGGAAUUCUGGCGAUAACUGAGGAUGAUGUCGCCUCUAGCGAAUUGCCAACCUUUCAAAACUUUGCGAUUGUUUUGGAGGAGGCAAUUGUUCUGAAGGACAUUCCAGACCUUCCAUCUGCGGUUUCAUACCUGUUUGGCCUUGUCUUUGCCUUGAAUUUUGAAUACCCCAAAGAAUUGAAAUAUACUUUUGAAGUAAUUGAGAAGGUGUUCAUGGAAAUGGGCACUCAGUGCUCUGCGAGGGUACAGUCCUUAAAAACAAAACUCUUGCUGUGAAAGUUAAAAUUGUGUGAAUUGAAGUUGGAACAGAGUAUGUUAAAAGGUAAAACAGAUUGUUGAAUUGUUGUGAAUUGUUUACCCAUGUUCAGGUAUGUUUUAAGACUGUUUAAUGACAUUAUGAUGAUUUUUUUUGUGUUAUGCACAUUGACACUUUUGCUCUACAAGGGUAUUAUUGCUGAGAACUGUUAAUUUAGUUGUGAGCAUCUUUUGAAUUAAACUAAGAUUAAGACUAAGAUUUUAACAUUAGGACAUUAAUAUUAAAGUUUUUGAAAUGUAACUUUGAAGUCUUACAAUGUCAUUUUAAUGGUUUUGUUUAUUUGUAUUCUUAUUUUUCAUUUUCAGAUUAUUUAUUGUAAUUUUAUUUGUAUUUUAAUUUGUGUUUGUACUUUUUUACAAAUAUUUUAUACAAAAGUGUAUUUUUGUUAGAAAAAUUUUAAUUUAAUUUUACAUUUCAAAAGGUGGACUGACCAUCCAGUGUUAAACUGCAACGUUUACAUGUUCAUUGAUGUUUUGAUGUUUUAAGCAUUCUAAGGAAUAGAGUCAAAGCUUUUACAUGUGAAAAGGGAUACAUUUAUCUUUAGUUUUUAUGUUUUUAAUUUGUAUUAUUGAUUUUGACAUUUUCCAGUAUUUCUUUAUUUUUAUUAUAUUGACACUCAUAUUUUUUCUGUUAGGAAGUAUGACACUUAUUUGACCUUGUUUGUAUUUCUUUACAGAAUGUUCAAAGUAAACA